UUUAUCACAUUCCACACAACAUAACUUUCUCACAAGUUCGUAUUUUUUUCUCUCUCAAGCAAAAAAGAAAAUACAUCUCAAGUAGUGAAAAGAUAUCUACAUAGAUAUAUUAUAAAGGAAAAAAAUAUGGCUUGUGGUAGUUUCAAUUACUCCUUUUUCGCUAAUAGUGUUGGAAAAGAAAUGUGUGAGAAGAGAAAGACCGGGAAUAUUGCCAAGGUGGCGACUUGUUCACUUGCUGUUCAAGGUAACACUUCCACUACUGCUAAACCGGUCGUGGAAGUGCCCGCAGAUCAAAACAGCACUUUCAUUAAUCUUGGUAGGUCUUCGACAAAGAGACGAUUUGAAACCCAUCGUUGUCAAGAGACUAUAGAAGAAAUUAUUGGUAAUGGAAAAUUUGGGAGGUUUGGGGGCAAGUUUGUCCCCGAGACAUUGAUAACUUGUUUGAACAUGCUUGAAGCUGAAUUCCGGUCGGUUUUGCACGAUGUCCAGUUUCAGGCGGAGCUAGCGACAGCGCUGAGAGACUACGUUGGGCGGGAAACGCCUUUGUAUUAUGCACAGCGGCUGACAGAGCACUACAAGAGCAAGAGUUGUAGUGGCGAAGGGCCAGAGAUAUAUUUAAAGAGGGAGGAUCUCAACCAUGGAGGAGCACACAAGAUGAAUAACGCCAUCGCGCAGGCAAUGAUUGCCCGGCGCAUGGGCAGGACUAGGGUCGUGGCCGCCACCGGUGCAGGACAGCACGGCGUCGCCACUGCUGCCGCGUGUGCCAAACUAUCUUUGGAGUGCACUGUGUUUAUGGGGACAAAAGAUAUUGAAAAACAGUCCUCUAAUGUGCUCUUGAUGAAGCUACUUGGUGCUCAGGUAAAAUCAGUGGCGGGAAAUUUCAAGGAUGCGACAUCUGAGGCGUUCAGGAACUGGGUAAACGACUUGGAGACCAGCUAUUACUUGACGGGAACCGUGGUAGGGCCUCAUCCGUGCCCUAGCAUGGUCCGGGAGUUCCAGUCAGUGAUCGGAAAGGAGACAAGGAAGCAAGCCUUGGAGAAGUGGGGAGGCGAGCCAGACGUCUUGGUCGCCUGCGUGGGGAGCGGGUCCAAUGCGUUGGGUUUGUUCCAUGAAUUUAUCGACGACGAAGACGUCAGGUUGAUCGGCGUCGAAGGAGCAGGGAUAGGACUGGACAGCGGCCACCACUCGGCUACCCUUACCAGAGGCGAAGUGGGUGUGUAUCAUGGAGCCAUGAGCUACCUGUUGCAGGACCAUGAGGGUCAAAUUGUAGGCCCCCAUUCCAUUGGUGUCGGGCUGGAGUACCCAGGAGUUAGCCCCGAGCUGAGCUUUCUCAAAGACAGUGGACGAGCCGAGUUUCACACAGCCACUGAUCAAGAAGCUCUUGAUGCGUACCGACUGUUGUGCAGAUUGGAAGGCAUAUUUCCAGCGUUAGAAGCAUGUCAUGCAUUGGCAUUUCUGGAUAAACUUUGCCCUACUUUACGAAGCGGCACAAAAGUUGUUGUAAAUUGUAGCGGUCGUGGAGACAAGGACGCUGCUAUUGUUUUCAAUUCUAAACUAACCUAAUUUUUUUUUUUCUGAAAUCAAGAAAUUAGGUUAUUUGCACGUAAAAAUACCAAAAAUGAAAAAUAAGAAAAAAAAAUGCCAUUAAUAGUGUUAGAUUUCUAGAGUCUAGAAAUAUAUGUAGAAAAACUGUAUAGAAUAUGGAUGCGAUUUCUUUUAUAAAUUAACAAAAGCCAUUAGUUAUGGUGCUAAUCAGGAAUCUUGUCAUCGGUUUAAUUAGCAAUAUUUUCUCCCUCGGUUCUGUAUUAGGAGAAGAUCAGUAUGCGAAGUUAACGUACCCUUUGUUGUUGUUGUUUUUCGUUUUUUUUAAUAUAAUGAUUUAUAUGAAUAUAAGCAUAUUAUCCA